AUGGUGACGGAAGAUCUUCGGGCUGCCUGGGGUGCUCAGAAGAAAACAUUGGACUUGGAGAAUGGUAGACCUGGUAGCCUGGUGGAAAUGAACUGCUGCCCGCAGUCAGACUCAUCGGACACACCCCACGAAAUCGAGAUGGCGAAGGCCUUCCAUCCCGUGCGCGAUGCGGUGAAGGCAUUGAGUAGCAAGUCCGAGGUGGAAGAUAGUCUGGGCAUGUUUGGGCAUCGUAUGCUCUCCACACCUUCAGGGUCUCAGGGUGAUCAGCCAUCCAACAUGGAGAAACCAUCGGCUUGUCGCAUCUCCGUGGCCGUGCGCUUGCGUCCCAGCAGUGGCGGCCACUGGGAGAUGUCUGAAAAGUUCCUGGCAGAUGGGUCGGGAGAGCGAUGGCGUUUCGAUGAAGUCUUUGGGCCCAGGGCUUCGAACUGGGAUCUCUACGAAAGGUCCGUGCAACAUGUGAUCGAUGCCUUCUGCGAGGGCGCGACCUGCACCAUCUUUGCCUGUGGCCCACGGGCAUCUGGGAAGACCUUCACCAUGCAGGGCGACAACAGCCACAGCCCCGGUUGGGUGCAACUGGCGGCUGCACAGAUCUGGGAGCAGCAACAGCCAAAGUCCAGGCAACUACUGCAGGUGUCGUACUUGGAGGUGGCUGAUGGGGUCAAAGACUUGCUGACUGGAGCCGACCUGCCCCGUCCCUGGCAGGAGAUGACGCGGCACACGGUGCGUUCGGGGCCAGAGGACAUCUUGCGGUGCCUCUUGGAAGGAAACAAGUGGAGGACUCGACGGGACCCUUCUGGAUCGAGGUCUCAUACCAUUUUCCUCAUCCACAUGGAGUCUCGAAGUCGCAAUGAGUCAAGGCCCUGCGUGUUGAGCUUGGUCGACCUGGCAUCGUGGGACGGUGAGGACAUGGGCGACAGCGUCAGCCGGUCAUUGCUGGCCUUGUCUGCCUUCCUCCGUGGCGCAGAGCCUGCGGCGCGGCCACGGGAACCGUUGACGCAGCUGCUGCGAAGGCCGCUGGAGGCAUCGGCCAAUGUGGCCGGGGUGCCUGGUGGAGCCUGGUGGAGCCUGGACUGGGGUGGUCUUGCCCAUCUUCGAAAAAUGGAGGCCUUGCCCAAAAUUUCACAGUCAGAACUGUCGAAACCAUCGUUAUUCACAGUGCAAGAAUAG